GUUUUGACAGCAAUGGCGGCUUGAGUUCGUCUUCAUGAGAAGUUGCAGAUUCUUUCAGCGAUAUCUGCUCGUAAUAAUUAAUUUAUCGUCAUUGCUUACUUUUGAGUGGAAGUGAUACACCUUACAUGAAAAAUGUCUAAAAAAAGUACUUCUAAGAAGGCAGAGACCGUGAGAGUUGUGGUACGAUGCCGUCCCAUGGAUCAGAAGGAAAUCAAGGAUGGACACGAAAGGAUUGUGGAGAUGGAUGUUAACAGAGGAGUGAUAAUGAUAAAGAAUCCCAAGGGGUUAUCAACAGAACCGCCUAAAGACUUCACAUUUGAUGCUGUAUAUGACUGGGACUCCAAGCAGACAGACUUGUAUGAAGAAACAUUCCGUGAUUUGGUUCAGUCAGUCAUUGAAGGUUUUAAUGGAACAAUAUUUGCAUAUGGACAAACCGGAACUGGAAAAACUUAUACCAUGCAGGGUGACAAGAAUAAUGCAGAGAAGAGAGGAGUGAUUCCUAACUCUUUUGAACAUAUUUUCCAACACAUUUCCCGAUCUGAAAACCAGCAGUACCUUAUCAGGGCUUCGUAUCUUGAGAUUUACCAGGAAGAUAUCAGAGAUUUAUUGUCCAAAGAUCACACCCGUAAAUUGGAGUUAAAGGAACGACCGGACACCGGAGUUUAUGUUAAGGAUUUAUCGUCAUUUGUAACUAACAGUGUGAAAGAGAUAGAACAGGUGAUGCACAAAGGAAACUCUAACCGAGCUGUAGGAUCCACCAACAUGAAUGAACACAGCUCGAGGUCUCAUGCAAUCUUCAUUAUCACCAUAGAAUGCAGUGAGAUUGGUGCUGAUGGAGAAAACCACAUCCGAGUGGGUCGACUCAACCUUGUGGAUUUAGCUGGCAGUGAACGACAGUCCAAAACUGGAGCAACUGGAGACCGAUUGCGGGAAGCAACAAAGAUUAAUUUAUCCUUAUCUGCUCUGUGUAAUGUCAUUGCUGCUCUCGUCAAUGAUAAAAGCACCCACAUUCCAUAUCGUGACGCUAAACUUACAAGAUUGUUACAAGAUUCACUUGGUGGGAAUGCAAAAACUGUGAUGGUAGCAAAUAUUGGUCCAGCAAGCUACAACUAUGAUGAAUCCCUAAGUACUCUUAGAUAUGCAAAUAGUGCAAAAAACAUCAAGAACAAACCCAAGAUCAAUGAAGAUCCUAAGGAUGCUUUACUACGAGAAUUCCAGGAAGAAAUUGCCAGAUUGAAGGCAGAUUUAAACCAUAAAGGUGGUCCUAAAAAACGUAGAAAAGGCAAGAAAAUUAGACGUAAUGCUGAUGGGGAGGUUGUGAGUGGCUCAGAUGAGGAAAGUGAUGAUAAUGAUGAAGGUUUUACUGGGAAUAACUCAGAGGAUGAGGCCGAGUACAGACGAGAACAAGAAUCUAAGUUAGAGGAGCAGAAAAAUGCUAUCCUCAGCAACCAAACAAUGAUACAGGAGGAAAAGGAUAGAAUACUGCAGGAAAUAACAGACAGAGAGGAGAAACUGAAAAAAGAACAAGAAGCCAGAGAUGGAUUGGCAGCCAAGAUUAAGGCCAUGGAAAGCAAGCUUCUGAUGGGUGGUAAGAACAUUGUAGAUCACACCAACGAACAGCAGCGUGCCUUGGAGCAGAGGAGGAAAGAAAUAGCUGACCAGAAGAAACUAGAACGAGAAAUCCAACAGAAGCUAGAGGAGAAAGAAGAAUCUGCUGUGGAAAUGCAGGACACUUAUAAUUCCAUGCAACAUGAAGUAGAAAUAAAAACAAAGAAACUGAAAAAGCUUUUUGCAAAACUGCAAUCAACAAAAGCUGAGAUCAUGGACCUACAGGAGGAACAUUCUAAAGAGCGCCAGGAACUAGAGCAGACCCAAAUGGAGCUCACCAGGGAUCUAAAGCUCAAAAUGCUGAUUAUAGAGAACUUUAUUCCAGUGGAGGACAAGACCAAGGUGAUGAGCAGAGCUGUGUAUGAUGAGGAUGAGGACAUGUGGAAACUUAAACCUCUGGCUAACAAAAACACACAAACUAUGGCAAAAAGACCAACGUCAGCACUAGGAAACCGACGACCAGUGUCAGAAUAUGCCAGGGUGGCAGCGGCUAUGGGAGGCAACCCAAGGUUCAAGGGUGAAAAUAUACUUAUGGUCGAAUUAGACAUGCCUAAUCGCACAACACGGGACUACGACGGACCACAAGUGGCACCACGGAUACAAGCGGCUCUAGACGCAGCCCUUCAGGAUGAGGCUGACAUUGAAAUAGAAGGACAAACUCCAUCAAUAUUCAGCACCAAGGCCAAGAACAGAAAGAGGGAUGUGAAAAGUGCUAGACCAAGAACAGGCAAGAGAGAUGCUUCAAAGGAGUUUCCAUCUUCAAGAGGACUUGUGCCCAAGUAAACACGACCACCUCAGGAGGAAUACCGUGUCUUUCUAUCUCGAUCACUGGUCUGGCUACAUUCAGCACUGUCGGUCAAACCAUGAAGACUUUUGUACCCUGUGAUAACCUGACUAGACAAACCAAGCUUAGAAUUAACAUGACUAUUGUUUACUAUAGUGACAAAAUCUGUAUUGAAAACAGAUAACUGAAAACUAACAUGUUAUUCUAAGGUUUAAAUUGACAUGUGGAGACCCAGUUAAAGGAUUUCAUAAUUUUGAUGGUUUUGCUGUAGAAAAAACUGUUUAAUGCAGUGUACAAAGUUCGUAUUAUGACAGGGUUCCUACAUUUUUGAAUCAACAGAGUUAAUUAUGGUAAAGAAUGAUUGAUUUAUCUUAAAAAUGCAAAUUCAACAUGAACAAAUAUGGAUGAUGAUUUCCUCUUGAAUAGCAUUGCAUGUCACUGUUAAAAUGUAUGUUUGAUUGUAUUUAUUACUAGUUUAUACCAUUUAGACUGACUAGAACCUCAGCAGCCUCAUGUAAUAGUGUACACUGCUGUUAAACGUACAAUCACACUUAAGGGUAUAUGCUACAGGUUUUACCUACUGUAAUUAUUAUCUGCAAAUAAGCCCCUGCCCACAAGUAAGUCCCUGUCACUUUUGCAAAAUUGCCAAUUUUAAAAUAGUAAGCUUAAAGUGGUUCACAAAUAUGCACUCCCAUAACUUCAAUUUAGUAAACUUUUGCCUCUAGGGUAGGGGCUUAUUUGAAGAUAAAUUGUUUGACCUGCUUCUCUGUUUAAAACAAUAACACUAUAACAAACAUGGUAACUUGUAGAGACAUGAUGUACAAAGUAGAGUUUACUAUUAAUCCAAACAUUUUUCACUAACAUACUGCAAUUUUCACCCAGAUCAUUGGAGUCACCUUGUAAUCUAAAUAUAAUAGAUCUGUAACUGAUAAAAUUUGGGUCAUUUACUGUUGACAUUCAGAGGUAUUAAUGUUUGGGUACAUUUUGUUUUGUAGUUGUUGAAAACCGAGAAAUGUUUUCAUGU